UCGUAAAAUAGACCCGAUACAACGUAUAAUAAAUCGGUGUCUCCAAGGAAAUAUUAUCGAUGUUUCUAAUUUCCAAUAAAUUUUCUUGGGACAAGCGAAACGUAUUUACAGUGGUGGCAUUGAAAAUUGAAUAAUUGGUGAAUGACAACUGAGGAGUUGUAUAAGUCCCAAAGUAUCAUAAUGUUUCAAUUUGGAGCACUCAAAAAUCUGCUCGGCAAUGGACGAUAAGGAGGUGAGAAUAGAUUCGGGGUUGGGUACGAGUAUCCACAAUGACUGCAAUAAACGCCUUCCAAAUGGCAAUGCUACGUAUACAAGCAGGGAUAAAUCGUUCCCGGACGGCUCCCACCCCUUGGGAAAAGCGGACACUCGACCUUGCGCCAUCAUAGGUCCAGACAGAGUGUUGCCCUCUGCAGAUUCUAAUGAUGUGUACAUGAAAACGAUACCGCCAGAACCUUGGGAGUACCCAGACAACUAUCGCCACCCAUAUGACUCCAUAAAAAUGUCGGAAUAUCACCAAGCCCACAACAUAUCACCGAGACAAACAUUCCAAGAAAAUAUGCAGCGUGUAAUUGUACCACCAACAUAUAGUUCCAUUAAAAGUAGUGAUGAGACUAGUUUAAAAAAUCCAAAGUUAAAUGUCCCCGCUGAGGGCAAGUAUUGUGAUGUGCCUUAUUCCAUAAAUAUGUUAAGUAGUGAACCAAAAAGUGUGAGAAGUGAUAGUGCAAUGCCUGCAAUGAACCAUUCGUAUCUGCGAGGUGUUCAACCACACGGAUGGACGGGAGGAGUGCAGCCUUUGAAACCGUAUCAAGCUCAUGACUACUAUCAUAAUACAGAAUACUCUAAUUGUCCUGCUCCUAGACCGAUGCCUAUUGUUCAACCGCAAAGAAUAGUUCAUGAUGAGAUACAUCCAAUGUAUACUGAUCGUCUUUACCAAGAAAGUAACAUAAGAUUCAAACCUUAUCCUACAAGUAAAGAGAAGUUUCCGCAGCCAAGGUAUGACUAUUCAAACACAUUUCAGCCUCCACAGAAUCCCAUACCUAAGUUUGACAUCCAAAAAUCCAUGCAUGGCCAUCCUUACCCUAUGUAUCCACAAGGACCCUAUAAGUAUACUGUUGACAGAAGGUAUCCAGAACCCAUGAUGGAAACCCAUCCAAGAGCAUUGUAUCCACAACAUAAUGCUUUUCAUACUCAUCCUGUCCACCCUUCAUAUGGCCCAUUACCAGGCAACUUUUAUCACAACAAACCUUAUCCUUGCCCUUCAGACAACCCAAAAUCUAUGCAAGGAAACAAAUUGUCAUAUGAUGCAAAUAACAAAAUAUACCUUGAAUUGGAAAAUCCCAGAUAUAAAGGUUAUCCGAGCCCUGAUAAUUUUUAUUAUAAUGAUAGGGCUAAACUUAUGAGAGGGGAUAUUUUAAUUCCAGGUCAUACACAAAUGAAUAGUAUGGGUCAGCAGCACUUGUAUAAAAAAGAUAAUUUGUCUAUAAAAAGUAUUGAUCAUUCUCCUCAUUAUCCCUACAGAGAUCAUAGGAGUAUAGGUAAUCCUCUAGCAAGAAUGCCUAUGCAAUUUUCACCUAAUACAAUGUCAGUAUCAAUGUCUCCUUGUGAUUCAAAUACUAGCAAUGAAGCAGUUAUGUUGGGAAUGCCACAAGAAGAUUGUGGAUAUGUCAGUCAAUCUUCGACAACAAGUAUUAGAAGCAUGGAUUCCAAUAAUGGUCAUGCAGACUUUUACAGAAGACAUGGAUUUAAUUAUGCAUCAACCAAUCAGAAUGCUUUCCGUAAAGAAAGCAAUUCCAAACCAGCAAGUUCAACAGACAACAAAAAAGGACUUAAUCUAAGUCAAUUUUUUCAAAUGUGGAAUGAAGGGGAUGAGGAAGACACUGCUGCUAAUAAUAAUAACAACAAUCAGAUAAAUUCCAAUUAUGUUUCGCCUAAACCUCCAGGUAACAAUAAUCAAGAACAACUUUAUAUUCUUGGAUCUGUUACUGUUCCACAAGAAGAAUUAUCUAAAUAUGAACACUUGCAAAAAGUUUCAAAACUACCUGAAAAUAUUAAAGGUUACAAUAACAUAGAAAUACUUAAUCAGUUUGAGCAACUAGUAGAAUCACCAGGCAUGAAUAAUUUACACGUCAAAGUUCCUCCUUUAAAAGAGUACAAAGUUAUCCCACAAACAUAUGUAACCAAUCAAAUUAAGGAUGGCACCCAGAGACCUGUUUCGCCCCUAGACGUUGAAGCAAAAAUAAGUCAAUCUGUUAUACAUAAAGAGGUUGGAUGUAAUUUUGAAAUAAAGCCAUGUAGUCCGAAAGUUUUAAAUGUCGAUGUAGCAGCUCCUGUCCACGAUGUCCUUGGAGAGAGAUUUAUAGAGAAAGUUGCUAAUCCUGUCAUGUUAAACUUAGGAAAAGAUGCAGAGAGUAAAAUAGAAGUAGUUGAUAAGUCUAUGAAUGUAACAAGUUGCAAGAUGGCGAAUGGUAAAUAUAAUCAAAACCAUGUGAAUUCAGCAGUGGUGAAGCCUUUGUAUCCUCUACAAGAUAUAAAUGCUAAUAUGGGCGUUUGUCUUGCUUCUUUACCACAACUAGAUAGUGAUAUCGACUUAAACCUACCUGAAGUCAAUCAACAGUUUAUCGAUGCGAACAAAAUCGAAAUAACGUCGCGUUCACCACAUCAAAUUGUUCCGAUGUUGGAAAAUGAUCACCCAGAUAAUAGUUAUGCCAGAAAUAAUAAUUUUAGUCAAAUACAUAAUGAUGGACCAGGACCUAUGGCAGAUCAAGAAGUAACAAAACUUAGCAAAUAUAGAAAGACUAAAAAAACGGAUACAGUUAAUAAUCCAAUUUUAUCAUCAAGUAGUUUGGCACAGAGAACAGAUAGCGUUAUCAUAAAAAAUCCAGAAAAUGCAAGACUUUGUCAGGAAAGCCAAAAUGAAUCUUUGGAAGUAGUAAAGAAUAUUGUGCAUAAAACGACCCAAGAAAAUAACAACACUGAAAUUGUUAAGAAUGAUGCCUGGUCUGAAAACAAUGAAAUGGCAAUCGAUUUUAGUGUAAAUAGAAAAGAGGACGCAAAAACUGUAAAUACAAAGAGUGAAAUCGAUAAAACAAACGCGAUCCUAUCUAAAGAAUCUCAGUUUUGUCCAAGUAACAUGAAUUUAUAUGUAAAGGAAAAUAGGAAAACAAAAAAAUCGAAGAAGUCAUCUGAUUCUAAGUCGAUUGCAAACUAUUUUGGACAACAGGAUGAAAGUUUCACAAAUUAUGACCAUAACUCUGAUUCUUAUUGCACAAGUGACGAAAAAUCUAUCACAUCUAAUAAAACACACGAAGAGUUCAUAGCAAGUAAAGAACUAAGUAAAAUGCAAUUUGAAGACUAUCAAUCUGAAACCAGCAGUUUAACACAUCGUGAAUUAAAUGAACCACAUAAAAAACAGAAACUACAUAAAGAACACAAAACAGAGGAAAUAAAAGAAGAAGAAAGACGUUUAUUCACUGAUAAUCUGGUACCUAAUAGGUGCGACGAUAUAAAUAAAUUACCCGAUUUAUCAUUUGAAUUAGCAACCGAUUCUAAUCAACAAUUAACUCCCUCACCUUUAAACUGUAACUCAGACCGAAGUACAGAUUAUUCUAAAUCAGAAAAUAUCCCAGAUGCUGAUUUUAAAAAUAACACAAACGAUGUCCAAAUUACAAAAUUGGACGAAACUUCUAAUUAUUCUGCAAAUAAGCGUGCGCGCGAAGUAAAUACAAGCAAACUCGUAGAUACAAUUGAAAAAGAGUUACAACAAAUGGAUGCAAAAUCUGAUGCAAUGAUAGAUAGCUUUUCAGAAAUUAACCACCCGGUAACAAUUGAAGCCAAUUCGAAUGUUUUAUUGCAAGAAAACGUAAGCAAAACAAAUACUACCUUAAACGUAAGUGUUAUUAAAUCUUCAGAUCGAUCAUGUAAUAUCAAGAACAAAGAAUUUAGUAAUGUCCAAGAAAGUACAGAUAUUAUUAUAAACGAAAAUUUAUCAGAGAGUCACAAUAAAGACAUCCUGGAAUCAAGUUUAUUUACAUGCAAUGAUAAAGAUAAAUUUAUCUCCGAGUCCCCAAUCAGCGAAAAUAAUUUGGAUUAUAAAAAAGAGUUUUUACUCGACUCACAACUCAAUACAAAAAAUAAUGAAAUUCUAAUAAGUGAAAAUGAUAAUACUAAUUUCAAUAAAAAGCUAGAAAUAAAUACAUGUGACAAUAUUAACUUAGAAAACAGUAUAGUUGAAAUGAAUGAAAUUGAUAGAAAUUUUAAGGACUGCAAAUCACCCGUCACUGAAAGUACCUGCGAUCAAACUAUGCAAGAAUUGAAUACUGAAAAUAAUUGUAACCAAAAACAACAGGCUAUAGAAAAUGACAAUAACAAAAGAGACAUAGCUUGCGAAUUACAAAGUAACGGUGAUCAUAAACAGUCUACUGUUUAUGAGAAAUUAAAUAGUGCAUAUUAUAAACAGCGAGUACAUAGAAAAGCAUUAUUUUCUCCCUGGGUCCAAAAUCUUAUUUUAUACAACACUGAUAACAAAAUCGUGUGCAGUGAUAAAAAUAAAGCAGAAGCUGAUAUUCUCGAUCAUCAUGUACGUUUAGAUGAAAAUAUAAAUUUUGCUGGUAUUUCAGAUCAUGAAAAAGAAAUAAAUAAUACUAUUGAAAAUGCAGAUGCAAAUAAAACUGAUUGUGCAUCGCUGUCUGAAACAGUAGACGUCGUACAAGCUAUCCAUGAAUCCAAUAAUGAUAUAAGUGAGAAUUUGGAUAAUUUUGAAGAAAAGCAUGACUUAGAUGAAAAAAUACUUUGUAACACAAGCUGUACAGAAUUUAAACAGACACACCCAGUUAGGUGUCUCUCUCCUUUAACAUUUAAUAAUAAUAAUGUUAAACUUCUUAAAAGAACGAGUAAAAGGUCUCUUUCCGAUUCUGCGUUGAUAUCAGGGUUUCAGGAAGAUGAAUCACUAUCUACUAAAAGAAGUAAAAGAAACGAGAGAGGUGUUUUACAACCUCCGAGCAUCGAAACGAAUUUGACUAAUAUUUUAAGACGAAACUCAAUUUCCGAAAUAUAUAACGAUGGAAAAUUUGUUAUUUUGAUUGAUAAAGAUUUAAUAUUAACAGAAGAAAGCCAAGAUACAAACAUUUAUUUUGCUGAAGAAGAGAUAACUGAUAAAUAUGAUACUGAUCGUGAAAUAAUUGAUGCAAUACCUGAAAACUUACCCCAAUACGAAAAAGAACUGUGGGUAGAUGAUGAUGAUGUUGCCUGUACCGAAACUGUAUUCAGUGAUGAUGUAGCUGAAGAUAUUGUCAUCGAUACGCCUUCAUCACCAAAAGGUUAUAUUUCCUCUAAUUACGAAACAGUUAAUAAAGAAUCAUUUAUGCUUUGUGAGGAAGUUAUUAAGAACAUGGAGAAUGAUGUGGAUGAAUUAAAAAUCAGCCAUGAUUCUACAUAUUCUAAUAAUCUUCCAUACGAUUAUCACGAUUCAACUGUAGAUGAUAUUUUUACCUGUUUAGAAUCUCCAAAAGAUACGGAAAGUUUUACCGAAGAUAAAAUGGAAUCAAAUAGAAGGAAAGCUGAAAGUAUUUUAAACCAUUUUGAGACAAGCACUGCCUUGUUUCCUAAAAUUUUGCCUUUAAAUAAUAUAAUGCAAGACGAUAAAGAAAAUGUAGAUGUACUCGACAGCUUAAUACAAGAAACUGAAGCUGAUAUGUUACAUACCAAUACAUUAAAUAUUCAGCAAAACUCUGACUGCGAGGACUAUAAAGAUUAUAGCUGUACACUCAGCACUAGCAAUUAUUCAAGCUCGCCUGAGGUUACGUCUACGACAUCUGAAGAUAAAUCUCCAGGAAUUAUAUUAAAAAUAUCCAACCAUAAGCGUUCGAAAUCAUCUCAAUUGGACAAUAGCAAACCUGUUAUCAAAAGUAAUAAUAUUAGUUACAAGCUAACCGAAAAAAAGAAAUACAAACCGAAUGUUAACUCUUCUGGAACAUUAAUUACGAAGGCAGCCCAAAAAUAUAUACCGCCUAUUAAAAUAACAAUAUCCGAUUUAAAAGUAAAAUUACCACUGCCAAAAAACAGCCUCAACAAGCUUAAACAAUUGAAAACAUCCAAAGUCGAACCAAAGAAAGACAAGAAACCUACUAAAACGUUUAGCCUAAGUGCACCUAUAGAAUCGAAAAAACCUAAACAAAAAUUUGAGGAUGUACUAAUGAGUAUAGAUAAAUUUCAAUAUAAUUAUUCUAAGGUUAAAAAUAAAAAAUCAAGAGAUCAAAUACCUAAAGUGGUUAUUAAGAAAAAUGAAACGGGGUCACACUACACCAGUCGCAGUAGCUCAAGCAGCGACGAUACGAGUCCCGACUUGUCUGGAAGAAAAUGGCAGCCGUGGGUGUUUAUUGAAAAAAAUACUUUUAUCGACAAAAUGGCUUUAAAACAUAAAGUCAAAGCUAUAUACUGUCGUAGGAAAAAGUCCUACAUAUUGUCGGAAAAAUUCCGAAAAUACAAGUCGGUUUACAAUGCCAAAUUUGUUAUAUCGCAACCCAAAAGCGAUGAUUCGAAUAAGGGAAACCUUAAAUAUACGAUACGUCUGAAGCACCAUUGAUAUUUGCAAUGAUAGUUACUUUCUUGGUAAUAGGAUUGAUAUUGUGUCUCGUAUACGUUUAAUGUUUGUUAUCAAACGAGUAAUUAAACCACCUUUAUACUUUAGUGCUAUCGCUCACGAAUCCCGCCCUAUCCUUUAAUUUAUAAACAUUCCAUAAAGCAGACUAAAUUAUUAUUAGUUACCUUUUGAAUUGUUGAUUUAGUGUUUAUAGCACUUUUGUGAUGCUUAGAUGUCAAAGAAUAGAUAAAAAUGUAUUAUUUAGUGCAAUUUUAAUUGAUCUGUAGUUUGUUAAUACUUUUUAAAUUCUAUUUUAGUUAUAUCGUCAUUCCAUUUAAGUUAAAGUACGUGUUGCGAUCGUUAGUUUAUAAUUUAUUCACGUUGAUGCACCAAUCGCAUAGCCAUAAAUGAGUAUUUGAAUUAUUUUAAAAAAUAUCGUAGGGAGUAUCGACCAUUAUCAUUAUGUUAUAUAUAUAAUAUAACUGUAAAUAUAUUUUGUGAUUGUACUAGAUUAAGAGAAACAUAUACAUUAUUAUCUGAUUAUAUAUUUAUCAAAGUUAUUAUAUUAUCAAAUAUCAUUAUAAUAAAUUAAAUAUCGCAGCUCAAAAUAGUUGCUAUUGCUCAUUUAAUUAUAAAAUGUACUGCACGUUCGAGUUCGUAUGUUGUGCGUGUGAACUAUAAUAGUCUAGUACAAAAUAUAAAAAUAGUGUGUGUAUAUUUUGUAUAUAAUAAAGAAAUGUAUGUGUACUACAACCAAUGAAAUAAUUGGUAUUUUGUUGCCAUGUUUUACCAAACAUAAAGUAUCUAAUAUAAACUAAAGGAACCAAAGCAAAGCAAAGUUAAUGUGGAACUUCCUACAAAAUAAAGUGCCUGUUACUCGCUUUUUUAAAUUUUGUUAUAGUAUAUUUACAAAUAUAUAGAAUGUUUCUGGUUAAAAUUGUACCGCAAAUAUAUUUAUAGCGUAUUUUUUUAAUUUUCAUGAUUUAUAAUGAUAAUAUGCUAUAUCGUGCGUUUCAGUGCCUUCUACCAGCUACAGUGUAAUUACUAAUUAAUGUCGACUAUUGAUAAACAAGGUUUAUAGCCUUGUUUUAUAAACAUUUUACGUAUUAACCACCUCGCUAUAAGUAUACAUGUAUUGAAAACUGUAGCUAUUUGAAUUUUGUGAAAUUAAAAUCAUGGAUAACGUAAGUAAUGGAUUUUCAAAAUUGUAGGGUAGUUGUAAAUCCAUAAGUGUUCUAAGACAUUUGAGAUGCUAGACCAAAACGGUUUUGAUUUUGACUAAGUCUAAUGUGUUUUGGACCAAGUGUAAUAAAAUAUCCAUUCCAUUGGAACCAAACAACAUUUUGAAGGAUUUAAAAAUUGAAAAUAAUAACUUUUUGAGAUUUCUUAAACAAUCCAUUAAUUUAGUAAUCCAUAAUUUACUAAUAGCUACAGUUAGUACGGUAUGUGUUGAAGUUUGCAGCUUUUGCGAUAUUUUGAUGUAUAGUUCCAUUCCGAUGUUUCUAAUAUUGCGCCCACUGAUCUCAUAAAGCACUAGCUUCUAUAAUAAUUAGUCUGGUGUGUUAUCCUGAUCUAUAAAUUUAAAAGACUAUUUUUAUAUUAUAUACAGGGUGUCUUAAAUAUACCAAAUAUUGUGCUUUUAUGUGCAAAUGUUGCCUUCGUAGAUAAGUACCUAAUAGUGUAAGCGAAAACUAUUGAAAUACCGAAAUAUUAAUGUUGAGUGGUUUAUUGACUGUUUGAUAAUCUAUCAUAGACGUACAUUGUACGCUGUGAGUUAUCUAUAUAUUACUGUAAUGUGGGUAUUUUAAGAAUUUACAUGUUAAGUACCAAUGUAUUGAUUGUUGUACAAAUGUUUUAAGCGGACAGUUUGUGAGUGCUCAAUCGUGUAAUGAUAUUUCAGUGUCGAUUUCAACUUUGUAUGUUCGUUUUACGUAUGAUGAUGGUAUUGUCGUAACGAUGAUAUCAGUAGCACUCAAGAAUGAUUUGUUGUGUUAUGCACUUUUGUUAUUUAUGAUAUAUAUUUUAUUAGUUUCGAUGCACUAAGCAAGGGUUACGGAUUAGUUCUAAUUUAUAACAUUGUUGAAGUAUAUGUCCAUACUUGUAACUCGCAUAGUUUUGUUAUAGAGGUUACAGUAUCACUAGUUUUUGAAUAGUGUGAGCCGAACUUUUAUGCAGUUCGUGUUGGUUUAAGUUUUAGAGUGGUUUAUUGUUUUGAAGUUGUUUUAAAUCGACCAAAUAUAUGUGUUCUAAAUAAAACUCAGUUGUUUGAUGA